GUUCAACAGUGUGACCACUCUUGAUUCAUAUACUCACAGCAAAGCCUCCAUCUGUCUCAUGGAUUAUAGAUCUAAAUUGAUGGCUUCAGUAACAGAUGCCAGAUACAGGCAGAAAGAUACUUCAGAUCAAAAUUUCGAUUACAUGUUCAAACUCCUGAUCAUUGGCAACAGCAGCGUGGGUAAAACGUCCUUCCUCUUCAGAUACGCGGAUGACACGUUUACGCCCGCCUUUGUUAGCACAGUAGGAAUUGACUUCAAAGUGAAAACUGUAUAUAGGAAUGACAAACGGGUGAAACUACAGAUUUGGGAUACAGCUGGACAAGAAAGAUACAGGACCAUCACAACAGCCUAUUACCGUGGAGCCAUGGGCUUCAUCCUCAUGUACGACAUCACCAGUGAAGACUCAUUCAAUGCAGUGCAGGACUGGGCCACGCAAAUCAAGACUUACUCUUGGGACAAUGCACAAGUGAUCCUGGUUGGAAACAAAUGUGACAUGGAGGACGAAAGAAUUGUUCCUUUGGAGAAAGGGAAACAUCUGGCUGAUCAACUAGGUUUUGAUUAUUUCGAAGCCAGUGCCAAAGAAAACAUCAACGUAAGACAAGUGUUUGAGCGUCUUGUGGAUAUAAUCUGUGACAAGAUGUCAGAGAGUUUAGAAUCUGACCCUUCCAGGGGCACUUCUGGAAGGAGCAUGCGACUCACAGACAACCCACCCCCUUUGCAGCAGAACUGCUCCUGUUAGUGACGUUUCUCUUUGAGAAAUGUCCCUCUUCUUUCCUGAUUAAAUUUUCCCUUUUCAUUUGUGUGGUGCUUUAUCAUGUAGUGCAAAGGCUGAAGUCUCUGUUACAGGAAACUGGUAUGUUUGUUGAAUGUCCCAGAGUGCUUAAUAUAUAUUUUCUCAUCCAAUAAUUUAACAAAAUUCUGAAUAAAUGUUGUAAGUGCACCUAGUGUUAAUGUGUGAAUUAUGUUGAGGAAUAAUUGUGCAGUGCUGCAAAUGUUAUUCCCACAGAGAAUGUUGCAUUUUUAAUUAUAAAUUCCUUUACUGCAGAAAGCUUUACUUCAACAACAGCAAGAAAUAUAAGGGCGUUGCUCCGUUCAGCACCUUGCUAUGCCUCGUCCUUUGUUUCUAGAGCCACAAGAGCUGACUAUCCUGCAGCUUUUCCCCUGUAUCUUGCAGUUUUUACCUUUGUAGGUUUGGACCUGCCCUGUGCCGCUCUGAUCAACUGCUUGAUGGUGGAUAUGUUGCAGGACGAAGGAAAUGAGGCAGUGGCUGUCGCGUGCUUAGUUUGGAGGCAAAAUCUGCAUGUAGAACUUGGAACAGCAGUGUCUCAGACACAUCAAAACAUCUGGAGCCAAAAUGUGAGCGGUGGUAAAUGCUAUUGCUCUCAACCAAAAGCACUGAUGAACUGUCAAUUGUAACAUCUUUUUUAUUUAACAUUUUAUCAUAGAGUAGCACCUUAGAAGCCUCCUCUUGGAGGAUCAGAUUUCACUGUGCCCAGGUUUUGUACAAAUAGAGAUAGCUCUUCUCUAGAGAACUAAUUAGCUAAAUAAUAAAACUCCAUCCCCAAAAAUGUAGCAGUCUAUGGUUUCAGUCAGCAAAACGUUUUUGGAAGGACUUUUGGUUAUUGCAAGGGAUGAAAAUGACUGAUUUUAUUGUCAGGCUGGGCACAGUACAGUACCUAGAGGAACAAGCACGUUACAACAGGGGAAGGAACUGUGGGAGAUGAUGUGCAAUGGGAGAGUUUAAGUAUAUAAGCUCUCUUGCAAAACUUGUUGCGUAUCAUCCCUUCAGAAGAGCUGCUUGAGCAAGCAUGUGUUAAAAGGCACCUUUUGUCACUAAGACUUGGAAUUCAGCAGAAAUCUGUGCAAAGCUGAUUUUUUUUUUCUUUUUAAUAAACCAGGUCAGGGAGGUUUGUUGUUGGAAUAUAUCAACUUGUCAAUUGGAAGACUUUUGACAACAGUGUACCUGUGUCUUAAGACAUUGAAGGGACAGGGAAGAAGGAGGAGACAGACACAAGACCCCAACCCAAGGGGGAAGACAAAGAACGAGCAUGCAAGGCAUGGAAGUUCAAAGCCUUAUUUGGCCUUGUUGUGACAGGAACUUGCUGUCUCUUGCUAACUCUUUGUAUGUAACAAGUUAAAUAUCAGCUGGAAAGACAAAGUGAGGAGCGGAUUCGAAAGCCACCCGGCCAGUGCUCACUUGAAAUGGGGAGGAUACAGCCUGAAGCUUUUUUAAUCGUCUGAAUAGCUCAUCCAAGGUAGAGGAGACUGCAGGAUGUUUUGGGGACAUGAGACUAGAGGUUAAGUCACUUAUUUCAGUCAGGCAGAGUUGGGGCUUUGACUUCUGGGUUAACUGCUAUUCUAUAAUGGGAAUUUCAUCUUUUUUUGUUUUUUGGUUUUUUUGGAAAUAGUUUUGGUUCAUGCUAAUGUGAAUCAAAAUCGUUUUGAUGCACAGGAAGUUCCACAACACAGGUAAUCCAUGCCCAGCUGGUCCCAGGGAAAGGUCAUCCCUCCCAUGUGCCUUCCCAAGUUCCUUAGUAAUAUGGAUGAGGGAAUCCCUCCUGGGCCCAUGCUACUGCUAUGCCUGCAUGUUUAGCACUGCUCCCUCUUGAGUCAUGGAGAGGAACGUGUGUGAUGAUGAUAAUUCUUCCAGUUUCAUAUUCAACCACAAAGUAUAAUUUAAAAAAAACUUAAGGAAAGAUGUGAUUAAUAAAACUAAAGUGAAAAAUGGCAAAAAUGAGUAAAAGAGCAAAGACUUUCAGAGUUAAGCAGCGGACAUUUUGUUGCACGAUUCUUUGCAGGGAGAGACAAUUUUUGCUACUUCAUAUGUAACGUACUCUCACAUUUCCAAAAUCUCUAAAAUUAAGGCUGUUGUAUACAGAUUUGUUGCAUACAAAUUAGGGCUGUUGUAUGCUGUUGUGCGUGUAGAACUCUGUUUAUGAGUGUUAGCCACAUGCAGAGCUUGGAUGCUCUCUGAAAUAUGGAGGAACUGCUUUUGCAAAUCUGUGAAAUUGCAUAGACUGCAUGCCUUCGUUUAUGAUCACACAGUUGUUUGUACAUACCAGCUCCAAACAGUGACUCCAAAUUGCAUCUGUAAAUGUAAAUCAGGUGGAUAUUGUGAGAAGUUUGCUGUCUUUACGUGCAAAUUUGGGAGAAGUUUUAUGGCUUUACUUUAGGCCUGUGAACUCAUCUGGCCAAGGAGACUUUCCAGUGUCAGAAAGUAGAGUCAAAUAUGUGCUCAUUGCACUAUAAUUUACUGGAUCAUGACAUCCGCAAAUGCUUUUGCAAUUUUGUUCUGUCAUGUCUCAAAGUGUAAUAGUUCUUUAAAAAAAAAAAAAAAGUAUAGUAUUCUGGAGAAGAA